UUUAAGUUGCCAUAGCUCCGAGUCUGGGGAGAGCCGAGUCGGUUGCGCCGCAGCGUCGGUUCAGUUGCACCUUCUGGGUCACAGGUGGCCGCGGGAGCCGGGUGGGGCCUCGGCGAUGAUCCGGCGUUAAGGACCUGGGGUCCUCUUCUAUCUCAGGUGGUUUGGGGAAAGUGUAGGGGCAACCAAAGAUCAUCUCCUUGGCUAGUCCUUUUGCCCUGAACCUCAUGAAGAAAUGAUAGGAGGCAGACAUAUGUGCCUAAGAAGAGCACUGAGCUCAGUGGAGAGCAACACGGAGUUUUGGGGGUGUGCUUUGACUUGUGAACACCAAUGGCAGAAUCCUCCAGUGACUCAGACCACUUCCGCUCUCGUGACAGAUUGAGUCGAUGGGCUGCCAGGUCAAUACACAGGGAAAUUCGAAAUCGUCCUACAGUAGAUGCCACCGAGAAGGUCAACGCUAUAACAAGUACUUUACAGGACACCAGCCGGAACCUGCGACAAGUAGACCAGAUGCUUGGACAGUAUCGAGACUAUAGCAAUGGACAAGCAGGUGUUAUAGAACAUUUAAAAGAAAGCUUGGAACAAUCAAUAGGACAGCUGCGAAGUCAACGUUUAUUGAGAAGCUCAGGAGGGAGAAGUAUUUCUGUUACAAGUCUGAGUGCAAGUGACCUUGAUGGUGGCACUGUGACAGAAAGCCAACGUUUUCUACCUACCUCACCUCUCAAGGACUAUGGGGAUCAGCAGAGUAGUAAACGAGUUAGAUCCAGACCUGGUGUCCGAUUUGUUCGGGAGAUUGAUGACGCGGGCCAGCUUCAUGAUUUUCAUCAGUCCCUCCGAGACCUCAGCAGUGAGCAGGUUCGCCUUGGAGAUGAUUUCAACCGGGAACUUGCCAGAAGAAGCCGAUGGGAUCUUCUGUUGAUGACAGAAAAUACAUUUCAUGCUCUGCAAAGAAACGUUGCACAGGUUUCAGAUCGGGUGGAGAGGCGACUUCAGGAAAUAGAAAGAGAGAUGCGCACAGAAAGAGAGAUUGUGGAAAGACGGCAGGACCAGCUGGGACUCCUUUCUGUGCAGCUGCAAGAGGCAUUGAAGAAACAAGAAGCUAAAACAGAUGAGAAUGAGGGAGUAAUGAAAAAUAAGCUAAGACAAACUGAAACUGAGAAGAGUCAACUUGAACAGGAAUUGGAGCUAUCGCGAAGGUUACUGAAUCAGUCAGAAGGCAGCAGAGAAACGCUUUUGCAUCAGGUAGAAGAACUCCGCAUGCAACUUAUGAAAGCAGAAGGUGAUCGAAAGGGUUUACAGCACCAACCAUCUCAGAUUUCCAAGCAGCAGUCAAACCACCAGGAUGAACAAGGAGAUGACUGGAGGUUUAGAAGAGGGGUUGAGCGGGGAAAAGAGGACCUGGAGAAGCAGAUGUCAGACUUGAGAGUACAGCUGGACUUCAGCGCCAUGGUGUCUGAGUUGGAGGAGGCGAGGCGGUGCGUGGAGCGAAAAGAUAAUGAGAAAGCGCAACUGGAAGCACAAGUGGAGAAUUUAACACGUGAAUUGGAGAACAGGGAAAAGCAGCAACUACAGAUGUUGGAUCAACUUAAGGAGAUCCAGAAUCACUUUGAGACAUGUGAGGCCAAGCGUAAGCGUGCCGACCUCCAGAUCUCGGAGCUGACUCACCACGCCGAGGACGCAACCAAGCAGGCUGAGCAGUACCUCCUCGAGUUCCAGCAGUCCGAGGCCCUGAGACAGGAGGCCGAGAAGAGGAGGGAGGAGCUGAAACUGAAAGCUCAGGAGUCCAUUAGGCAGUGGAAGCUUAAGCACAAGAAGUCAGAGCGAGCAUUGGAGAAGCAAUCGGAAACCCUUGAUGAGCUGACGGACAGGAAGAACCAGAUUCUCAAAGAAAAGGAUGAAUUGAAGAGCCAGCUCUGUGCAGCAUUGCAACAAAUUGAGAGUCUCCGGAAGGAACUGCACGAUGUCAUAACGAAGCGUGCGCUUCAAGAGGAGGAACUUCACCGUAAGGAACAGAAACUCAGUGAUGUUCAGGCUCAUCAAGCUGACCUUGAGCUAGAAGUCAAGGACUCCCGGGACACCAUCCAUAGGCUAGAAAGUGAACUGAAAAAGCAGAAUGAGAUUCAAAGCCAGAUGAAACUUGAGAAAGCUCACCUGGAGGAUGAAAUGGCUGAGCUGAGGAAGAGCCAGGCCAACGACAAAGCUCAGCUUCUCGAGAUGCAGGAGGCCAUCAAAGACUUGAGUGCCAUCCGGGCAGACCUUGCUAACAAAUUAGCAGAGGAACAGAGAGCCAGGAAAGAGGUGCUCAAGGACCUUUCUGCCCUCCAGACACGGGCCGACUCAAGAGAUGAAGAGACGGCUACGAUCAUUACACAGUUAAAGCUGGAGCGAGAUGUUCACCAGAGGGAGCUGGAAGAUCUCACCUCGUCACUACAGAGUGUGAAAACCAAACACGAACAGAACAUCCAGGAGCUGAUGAAGCACUUCAAGAAGGAAAAGAGCGAGGCAGAGAAUCAUAUUAGGACACUGAAGGCAGAAAGCUUAGAAGAUAAAAAUAUGGCUAAAGCCCAUCGUUGUCAGCUAGAGAAGCUGAAAUCACAGUGCGACAGGCUGACAGAGGAGUUAACCCAGAACGAGAGUGAGAACAAGAAACUGAAGCUAAAAUAUCAGAGUCUGAAGGACCAACUAGAAGAAAAGGAGAAACAUAUAAGCCGUGAAGAAGAGCACUUAAGGAGGAUGGAAGAGGCCAGACUGCAGCUCAAGGAUCAACUUCUUUGUCUGGAGACUGAACAGGAGUCCAUUCUUGGUGUAUUAGGAAAGGAAAUUGAUGCAGCUUGUAAAACCUUCUCCCGGGACUCCAUGGAGAAACUGAAAGUUUUUUCAUCUGUUGCUGAUAUUAAUUAUGACCCACAUCGCUGGUUAGCAGAAAGCAAGACUAAACUUCAGUGGCUCUGUGAGGAACUGAAAGAGAGAGAAAGUAGAGAGAAAAGUCUGCGGCACGAGCUAAUGUUGUGCAGACAACAGCUCAGGAAUAUGACUGAAAACAAGGAAUCUGAGCUCCAGUGUCUCUUCGAACAGAUAGAAAGGCAGGAGAAGCUUCUGGAAGAAAUCCAUCGGGAGAAGAGAGAUCUGCUGGAGGAGACACACAGAAAAGAUGAAGAAAUGGAAUCUCUGCAGAGUACCCGAGUGGCCUUGGAGCAUCUGGAGUCUGUGCCUGAGAAACUGAGCCUACUAGAAGAUUUCAAAGACUUCAGAGAUUCCCACAGUUUAUCCGAGAGAAUUGAUGAGAGAUCUUCCAAAUACAGAGCUUACAGAGAACCUCUUCAGCAGUGCCAAGAUGACCCCAAGUACCGAAUCAAAAGCUUCAAGGGUGAUAAAACCUUUGCCGAAAGUUCCCAUGCUCACGGGUUAGAUCACUCAUCCUCUUGGCAGGAUCACAGUCGCUUCCUGUCUAGUCCGCGAUUUUCACACUAUAACUCGUUUACCAAUGCAACAGUUGCUCCUGGUUCACCUUCAAUCAAGGAAGAUGCCACAAGUUUACCAAUGGAAGGAACAAGUCCAUUAUCGAAAAAGGAGGCAUAUGAAAGCAAAAAGAGCAAAAUAUAAUUACUGAGUUAAUUACAUGAUGGUUUUACAAAUAGUAGCAUAUGUAUCCUUUGUGCAGUUUGGCCCAGAUGACCUCGCAGACAUACCCGAAGCUUCUGCUCUUCAGCAUUGCCAAGCACUGACGAAAAUGACAAUACAGUUGGUCCUUGCAAAUGAUAAAAGUUAAACCAAUCCAAAUAAUGUCAGCUGGCGAAUGACUUACAGUUAACUUAUGGGCAACUCAUAGCAGCAGAGAAAUGAUAUUUUUUCACUUUGCAUUUUCUUUUUUCAGGUGCAGUCAGUCACAUUUAUCCAUCUAAAGUUUGGAUUUAUAAUUGAGGUCUUUCAAAAAUUACUGGCUUAAAAGGAGGAAAAUGAGUUCCCCUUAAGGCGGAAAUUGCCAGCACUUUAGAUUCAGGGAGUGUUUAUAUACAAUUGAUUUUUUUUUAAAUGCUUUCUCCCUAAUAAAUUAUCAUGUGUUAUAACAUGUCAUGGAGUUAUGCAGAUAUAAUAUUAGACAGUUCACUUUAUAAAUUCUCAGGAUUGUUACAGUCCCCAUCUAUCUCAGCAGUCUAUUAUUACAUGAAGUAUGUUAACAUUGCCAAUCAGCCACAUUUAACAGCAAUAAAGAAUUUACAAAUGAUAUCUGAAUUGUAGAGCCCUGUAAAGAAUUCAUUGCACAAUUUAUUUAUUUGUCUUUUUGCCAAAUAUCCCACUGUGAUCACUUCAGUCAUAUCCUGGACCAUCUUGGUUUACACUGACCAAAAUCAGAGUACCAAACUCCUGAAACUGGCUCUGCAAGAGUUCUCAUGUAAUUUGGUACUCUCUUUUAGUACUAUCUUUUAGGUCUACUUUUAGUACCUCAGCUUUUUUCAACAUCCAAGUGUUAAGAACUUUUCCUCUUUACAUGCUGAUCUAUCACUGGCGAAGGAAUUGUAUUAAAUGCUAAAUAAUGGUCAACAUCCAGAGACUAAAUCUCCAUUGGGUCAUGGAAAAAUUAUGCACAGAAACAAGGACAAUAAAGCAAUACCUUUCUGAUGUGCAUUACAUUUGGUGUUUGUUGAAUUACACUUGCAUAUUAGACUUCUCCUAUUUCAUAAAGGUUCUUUCCUUUCCACUCAAGAUACGUUCUCCUAACUUACUGUAUUUGAAUGUGCAGAAGAAAUACACUCUUUCCAUGGACUGAAUACUACAGUUACUGCAGAAGAUGAAGGUGCUUGAUAUCCCAAGAUUAUAGAAUACCACCUGCAUAACCCCUGAGAGUACAGGUGUUCGUUUGAUCACUUAUUCAUUCCUAAAAUCUUUUACUGAGUUCCUGAUAUAAGCCAGUCAUGGUGCUCAGAAGGCAAAAAGAAGCAUAAAACAGGUGUUCAUGUUCCAAGGUUUGUUUGGCAUUAGGCAUUACAUGAAAAGGGGCUGAUGUGCUCAGGCUUGCUGGAGGAAUUCUGGAUUGGACACUAUUAAACAGGCUUGGUUUGAUUUUGUCUAACCUCAGGACUUCAGGCUGUUCAUGUGCUAAUGAACACCAUGAGGUUUUAGUGGAAAUGGGCCUUUUGAAGAAGUGGCUCACAAUCCUGGCAUUCCACGUAACCUAUAUCACUCUGUAGUAAUAUUUUGGGUAUUAAAAAAUUA